AGGAGAAAAAGAAAAAAUGGCAAAUCAAACACGUGCAACGAACAUAAUCUAUACGGUGUUUAUAUUGAUAAAUCAAUUCUUUUUUGGCAUAACAAUGAAUGCAGUGUGGCCAACAUUAGUGGAUAUGAGCUAUAUUUAUAAUGUACCAUCAGAAACAAUGAAUUAUGUUGGAUGCUUUUCUGCAAUUGGUUACAUACUUGGAGCGUUGACUGGAAUCGUAUACAAAUGGUUAAAUCGACAAUUAGUUCUGGUCAUAAUGGUAUCGAUGACGGCUUUUCUGAUUGCAUUUAUGCCAUAUUAUGGUUCGAUAAGAAAUUUAUUUAUAGUGACCAGUGUAAUUGGAAUUGGCCUCGGAUCAUGGGAUAGUUCCAAUACGGUAUGGUUAGUGGAAAUGUGGCCCAAACAUCAAGCACCAGUGAUGCAAACUCAACAAUUCGUAUUUGGCCUUGGAUCAAUUACAAGUGCAGGUGUUAUGUCGCAAUUCGUACAAGGUAUUCCCGAAAAUGGAACCCAAGUGACAGUAAAAUCACGACAAGAUUCAUUAAUCAUUCCGUGCGUUUUGAUUGGAUCCAUGCAAAUGAUAGUGCCAAUAAUAAUGGUCAUUUUAUUCGUUGUGAGACGAUACAACAAACCAAUGGAAAGAAAAAAAGAGAAAAAGACAGAGACCAUAGAUUCGAAAGAACCAAUGUCAAAGAUAAAAUAUCGAAAAAUUAAACUAGUUCUUGUUGCUUUUAUGAUUGCGUUAUAUACAUCGGCUGAACAAGGAUAUUUUUUCUUUUCGGAUACAAUGUUCCAAUAUUGGAAACCAGUGAUGACUUCCAGCAAAUCAGCUACAGUAUUGGCAACAUUAGCCGCUGCAUAUACUAUUGGUCGCCUAUUGACAGCAUUCAUAUCGAUUCGUGUGAAACCGGAUAUUAUUAUCAUAUAUCACUAUGUCAUCCUUAUCAUAUCAUUGAUAUGGCUUAACCUGACACAUGAUUCACAAUUGUCCAACUAUUUGGCUACUGCAUUACUUGGCUAUGGUUAUUCAGCUAUGUGGCCGGCAAUGAUUUCUUUUGCUGAAAAUCAUCUUCGUAUGACUGAUCGAUCAAGUGCAUUAAUAUAUUCCUGUGUAGGUUUGUCUACAGUGUUCACACCGCUAUUGAUUGGUCCAAAAUUGACUGAUGAACCAUUAAUAUUGCUCAAAUUCAAUGCCAUAUAUUUAGCUAUCAGUAUUAUAUUGUUUGUCGCUGUCAAUCUAUUGAUCAAAUGUUGUCGGACAAAACCUUAGAAAUGAUAAAUUUAAAAAUUCCCUUCUUUUCUUGUUUUUGAAUAAUAAUAAAACAGUUUUAUUUUC